AUGCCAUCGGUUCAUUGCCAACGCGUCUAUGGAGUCAAAGUCUCCACCGGAGCGAGCUUGGUUCUCGUCGUUCCCCCGCCGCCCAUGGUCAAGCUGCUACGAUCUGAACGAGCCUCCGUCAUCUCGGAGGCUGCCGUUUUAAGAUGGCUUGAUGGCAAAACUGUCGAGACGCCUCUUCUCCACGAGAAUGUUACGGAGACAGGAGACUCACCCAAGUCAACCUCUCCCGUAGCCACUUACGAGAGCGGGACGAGUCAUUCUGAUGUCACGGUACAAGAACUGCGGGCUUUGGUUCCAACCCUCAUAUCACAUACGGCCGCCUCGAACGAGCUGGGCCUCGAAUAUAACCUCGUCAAGCCAACACUAGGCAUCCCCAUCUCCGAACUCAGUCCACCACUCUCGUCAGCCGAACGAAGAACAAUUGAUUUUCAAAUUGGUCAAUUAUACCGCCAGCUUUGCGAGCAAGUAUCACCCACUGGGCGGUUCGGACCUGCAUUUGCUGUUCUACCUACACGUGCGCCAUCGCCAGCUACAGAUCCCACGAAGCCCCCGAGGCGAGAUGUCGCCGCGAGGUUGAUGGAAUCAAAAGGCGUCCACUCCUGGACUGUGGCCUUCCACUCGAUGUUAGAAGCCGUGCUUCGUGACGGGGAGGAUAUGCAAGUAAUGUUGGGUUAUAGUGCUAUCCGACGGCAGUUCAAGCGCUUCGAGCAUGUGCUGGAUGGAAUCAAAACACCCCGGUUGGUGGCUGUUGACGUUGGGAAAGAUGUCAACACCCUUGUACUCAGAAAACGAGGCCCUGAAGAUGACGUAUCUCUGGUCGAGGAUAGACCACGGGAAAGACUACAACGAACAGACCGCCACGGUAGUGACGCAAAUAGCGAGGAUGGCGAUGGGUACGAUACCGGCUCGGAUUCUAGAGACGACAGCACGUCACUUACUCUCCAACACGACGAUGGCAUUGUCAUGGCUGGCAUGAAGGACUGGAGCAACUUCAUUUUUGGAGAUCCACUAUUUGCUCUCAAUGUCGGUCGUGAGCCCAGUGGUGAUUUUCUUGCGGGAUUCAACGGAUCUUCAAACACUCGACACACCAUCAUGUCAAUGUUUUCCUCGGAUCUGAUUGAGGACAAGGAGAGGGCUCACGUCCGCCUUCUGCUGUACGACUGCUACCAUACAAUCACGCACAUUGCGAGAACAUACUUCCGCCCGCAAAAGGACAUGAACGGACGCGAAUUGGAGGCACGAAAGAGGUUGAACACUAUACUGGCGCAGCUUGAUGCUCUUGAUGACGCUGGCACACGGAGGGGGAGAAGACCAAGCGGCGAAUCAAGCCCGGCCAAGAAACGGCCGAAGAGCGGGGAAUCGUCCGAGUAG